AUGAUAAAUCAAUUCGUACUGGCGGCGGGAUGCGCCCGAGAACAAGCUAAACAGUUACUUCAGGCUGCUCAUUGGCAAUUUGAGACAGCCUUAUCAAUAUUCUUUCAAGAAGUUGCUAUACCCUCUGGGGCUAAUGGUAUUGCAGCGCCUCAUUAUCAUCAGCAACUGAUAACGCCGUGUAAUACUCCUGCGACACCACCGAACUUCCCAGACGCUUUAGCCGCGUUCUCACGGCUUUCAACAACUGGCAGUCCAAGUAACGCGGGCGGGGGGGCCGGUGGGAUGGCACCCCCCGUAUCUCCCCUCGCAACCCACCCGCCGCCGCCGCAUCCCUCACAGAUGCAAAUGAACACAUUUCAGAGCCCACCGAAUCCGCAGUCUAGCUACGCACCACUCUCUUGCUCAACUGCUGUAUGCAGAGAACACAUGCCAAGA